CUGUGCAGCACACGCAGGAGCCUCUAUGGAGCAGUGAAGGCAGGCGGGAGACAGAGCAACCGAAACUUAGCGUGGACUGUAGCAGGAGACGCGGGGUGAGAGAGGGUAACCUGCCUGUGACGUCGCUGUGGUGUGUCUGAGCUGCGGUUCCCGGGACGUGCUUCUCCGAUUAUCCCGUCCAUCCGAGCCUGUUAGGAGGACGCGCACAUAUUUAGGGAGGCGAGGGAAGCCCUUUGGACUCCCUACAGACGCCAGCGACAGGCUGAGUCACUGUCUAGGAGUGGGAAGAUCUCGUGAGAGAGGGGGAGACAGCAUCACGGAGACGGAGCGAGAGAGAAAAGCAACGGAAGGAGGGGAAAACCACUACACAACGCCUUUGAGAGCGAAGCAAGAGAGAGAGGCAGCCAGCGAGAACGACGUAAAGAGAGAGACGGAGCACAACAUUGAGGGAGGGAGAGAGACGCUGAGGCUGGGAGAGCUGACCCCCCUCCCCUCUCCUCUCCUCUCUUCCUUCCCCCCCCUCCUCACUCCUUCAGGAGCUGGUGUGUAGGAGCAACGAGUACAGUGUGACUGAGGCAACAUGAGCGAUGUCACCAUCGUUAAGGAAGGCUGGGUCCAGAAGAGAGGUGAAUAUAUUAAGAAUUGGAGACCUCGCUACUUCUUGCUAAAAACCGAUGGGUCCUUUAUCGGAUACAAAGAGAAGCCGCAGGAUGCCGAUCUUCCCUACCCUCUCAAUAACUUCUCUGUUGCAAAAUGCCAGCUGAUGAAAACUGAACGACCAAAGCCGAACACUUUUAUUAUUAGAUGUCUACAGUGGACUACAGUCAUAGAGAGGACCUUCCACGUGGACACACUAGAAGAAAGGGAUGAGUGGGCAGAGGCGAUCCAAAUGGUGGCAGAUAAACUCCAAAGACAGGAAGAGGAACGUAUACAGUGUAGUCCCACCUCACAGAUAGACAACAUGGGAGAGGAGGAGAUGGACACAUCUAUCAGCCAUCACAAACGCAAGACAAUGAAUGACUUUGACUACUUAAAAUUAUUGGGAAAAGGCACUUUUGGAAAAGUCAUUCUUGUAAGGGAGAAGGCCAGCGGGAAAUAUUAUGCAAUGAAAAUUUUAAAGAAAGAGGUUAUUAUAGCAAAGGACGAAGUGGCCCACACGCUUACAGAAAGCAGAGUGCUAAAAAACACGAGACAUCCUUUUUUAACUUCUUUGAAGUACUCGUUCCAAACAAAAGACCGCCUUUGCUUCGUGAUGGAGUAUGUCAAUGGAGGAGAGCUGUUUUUCCAUUUGUCGAGAGAACGGGUGUUCUCCGAGGACCGCACGCGCUUCUACGGUGCCGAGAUCGUUUCUGCCCUCAACUACCUGCACUCUGCCAAGAUUGUGUACCGGGAUCUCAAGUUGGAGAACUUAAUGCUUGAUAAAGACGGACACAUCAAAAUCACAGACUUUGGCCUUUGCAAGGAAGGAAUCACUGAUGCUGCUACCAUGAAGACCUUCUGUGGGACGCCAGAGUAUCUGGCUCCAGAGGUGCUGGAGGACAAUGAUUACGGCCGUGCGGUGGACUGGUGGGGUCUCGGUGUGGUCAUGUAUGAGAUGAUGUGUGGCCGACUGCCUUUCUACAAUCAGGACCAUGAGAAGCUCUUUGAGCUCAUCCUGAUGGAGGACAUCAAGUUCCCCAGGACCCUCUCUGCUGAUGCCAAGUCCCUACUGUCAGGCCUGCUCAUCAAAGAUCCCAAUAAGAGACUUGGUGGAGGUCCGGAUGAUGCUAAGGAAAUAAUGCGCCAUAGUUUCUUUGCUGGAAUUGACUGGCAGGAUGUCUAUGAUAAAAAGCUGAUACCUCCCUUCAAGCCUCAGGUGUCGUCAGAUACAGAUACCAGAUAUUUCGAUGAAGAGUUCACAGCUCAGACGAUUACAAUAACCCCUCCUGAAAAAUUCGAUGAAGAUGGGAUGGACUGCAUGGACAACGAGCGACGGCCACACUUCCCCCAGUUCUCCUACUCCGCCAGCGGGAGAGAGUGAGCGCCACGCAGCCGACACUGCCUCAUCCUCAUCAAGGUUACCACUGGAACAAUUUUGGUCUUCAGCUUCUAACAGCCCUGGCCCUUUCGACCCUCCAUCGUCCAUCUUGGUUCUUUCAUUUGUUUAUGUAGACCAAGGGAAACUUCUGAUUUAGGGUGAUGGGAAUUUGCACUUCGAUUCGAACCGAGGUUCAGCCCACUCAAACGUCCUCACAGCUCCAGCCCAAAGGUUGUGUCAGGAUGAGAGAACUUUUACUGUUUUUGUUAGGACUUUUUUCUUUACUUCUUGUGUUUCUCCAUUUUUGAGACGUUGCUCCACAUUCCUUAUUCAGUGGGAACUAGUAACUAGGUGUUUGACAUCCAUUUAGUUCAGAUAAAUACAUCCAACUGCAUGGCUAGAGAUUCACAUGGGUUUUUACGAUUCCAGGUACAUGUAAUAUAACUACUCAAAACCGCUCCGGUCUCGGCUGCUUCUGUUGUUACUGUUUUUAAAGUUCACCUUCUGUUAUAUAAAGUCAAAACUGCCAUAAACGGUUUACUCAGGCUUCACAGAGGACAUCUGUGUUCAGGACUAGCUUUACCCCUCACUGUUCAGUAACUCAGUAUUCCUCCGUACAAAGCCCUGUGAACCUGAGCUAUGCAGCGCUAAACCCUCACUUAGACUAGCCGCAAGAAAAACUCACUCAGAUGUAUUCAUCCAAGGCUUUAUUUCUUACAUAUCAUUCCCUAAAAGAUUGUCCCAGUGUUCCAUGGAAAAACGUUCCAUGUUUGACUAAUGUGGAAUGUUUUAUCCACCGAUACACAGCUGUGACGUAUAGCUGAUGAUCAGACUGAAUUCCCCCAAAGCCCAAACUGUUUUAAGAACAAGUGUGAAAGCCUUCAACUCAAUGCUCAAUAGUGUAAGCAGUGGAACAACAAAAAAAACAAAAGCCAGCAUUAAUGGAAAGAACGACAGGGAACACUUUUUUUGGUUUUAUAAGAAAAUAAGUCAUUAAAAAAAGAAAACAUAUUUAAGCGAAUUUAAUUUAUUUUUGUCUUUUUGUUUGUUUGUCCUUGCGUUUAUUAAGAGUGAAGCUUUCUGAGUCUCCUGUUUUUGAGUGAAUUAAAUGCACCUAAAAAGGCUUACGAAUGUAAAUGGGUCACUGCAAAGGCCUUCAUUGCUUUUUAUGUAGUUUUCCCUUUUCACACCAGUGUAGUGUUGUUCUGUGUUUUAUUCCCCCACAGGAGUUUGACUCUCCAUCGUGAGCAGUCUGAGUGAUGUCGAAAUGUGUUGCUUGUCUUUCCACCAAUGAAAGGGCUUUAAAAGACCAUACUGAUUUAUUCAGAUGGGUUACUGUAUGUUAAAGUCUGUAACAGAGCAGGACAUGCUUUUAAUGAGCUUUUAAGCACGACACUGCACAUUCUCAUUGUUUCGAGGCAGGACUGUGAACAAGGAAUCAUUUUACUUGAAUGCAGAUAUCGAUACAGUAAGUCAAAUACUAUUUAGUGCUAAUGUGGUUUGCUGCAUCUAGUGUCAUGUUCACUUUCCUUCUUAAAAUACAGUAGUCCACAAAUCAAAUCCAUCCACCACAGACUCAUACGCCAAUCAGACAUUAGCAUAAGAAGAGUUAUGGUUGCAGACUGGGGAUUUACUUGGAUGAAGCUUGAUAAGAAAGUUGAGUGAUGAAUGAGUUGAGAUGGACAGUGUUCUUUAAAUGGCGUCAAAUGGGGAAAUAUCUGGAUUAUUGAGUAAUAAUUUGAUUUAUGCAGUAUAUUUCCUGAUAGUGUUUGGCAAUAAAACACAUGCUCGUGUGCAUGUUGCUGUUGUGUUUAGGGUGUCAGUUUAAUUUGGGUAGGAAUGGUAAAAUCUUUCUUUUAUAAUUGCCUUGAUUCUUUUUGAGGAAAUUUGGCUAAGUGCAGCCUAGGUAAGAGGUUGGGGGGAGAAUAUUCAUGUUGAGGUGGGACAUUAGUGAAGAGGGAAGUGAUACACGAGGAUGGAGUGAGUUUGGACGGUGUUUAUAUGAAAUGUGACGUAGAACAAGGUCUGUUAGAGUUGGGGUUUCUUGCAUGUUUGUUAAGGACUGGCAUGGGUUUGAUGGCGGCUGUUUAAGGAUGAUUCAGAAAGUUUCUGUCCAAAUCCCUCAAGCUUUCCGCCAAAAUGCCUGCGUUGAUUGUGUGCAUUGUGAAUUGUCCACUGGUGUAAUGUGAGAUGCCGUAGCAUGGUACUGUUGCUCUAUUGCCAGAUUUGACUGGUUUUAGCUUUCAAACUGUGAUGUCCAACCCAAUAAUGUUUUCUGACAGCACAGCGGUGGUACUGUGGGAAAAUUCACUGUUUGUGUCAUUCCCUGUCUUCCAACUUAGACGUUUUGCUUUAGAUCAUUCCUUGUCUUUUCUCCCAUUCCUUUUUCUUGUCUUAUUUAUUUAUUGUUUUUGAAAAAAAGUUAAAGAACUACCUAUUUUAAUUUAAUGGGCUUUUUAGACUGCUGACUGUUUUUUUUUUUUCUUUCUUUCUUUUUUUUUUAUCAGGUGAAUAACUUGAAUAUUUUUCAAUUGUUUGUGUCUUGUUUUACAUUUUCUGGUUAGGUAACAUUUACAGUUUCAAUUUAUAUGGAAUAGGGAGAUGGAAGCACUCCUUUUGUAUUUGUGUUUUGUUUUGUUUUUUUUGUCACUUCAGAUUUGUGAUUGUACAGAUUGUACUCAUUAGGAUUAAUCAUUCAUACUGUGAUGCUGUUCAUCCAUUCCAUUAACUUUAAUAUGCACUUGUGAGGGACCAAAGGGUUUUCCUCAAGUCACGGAGUGGCAGAGAACGGUGAUGUUCAGUCGAGCCGUAUCUUGCAUGUGAAAGAUUUUUGUUAGUAAUACUUUAUUUAAACAGCAGAAGGGCCUUUGGCUUUGGCCUAAUCAAUCAUACACUUUUGUAACUCCAUAUUUGAACACUUGGCUUUGUAUCUGCCUGUAGUAGCACUUUCAUACCCAUUGCUCUUUUUAUAUAGCUCAGCAUCAGAAAAAAAGGUCCCUGCUUAUUGGGAAAAAAAAGAAUAAAGGAAAAUAAAAUGAGAGGAAAAAAAGAAGAAAAUACUUGAAAGCACAGAUUGGCCCCCUCAUGACCUCAUGCUACUUUACUUUCCUGAGUGAUUGUGCUCUGUAAUAUGUAACGGUGUGGAUGCAGAUAGACCUGAAAUGCUGCCAGGAGACACAGACAGACUAAUAUUUCCCAAGAUUCCCAAAUGCUCUAGUGUUGUAGAAAAGUCGAGCUGUACUGUUGUCACACUUUAAGAAUUUCAGAGGACCUAAAGUCAUUAUUCCCUGAAUACUGAACUAGUGUGAGGAAGGGACCCAUGGAGACGACAGGGCUUCAUCCCUUCUAAGCGCACAUCCGUGUGCACACUGCUGCUACUGUUUGUACUGUCUACAACAGACUCUCUCUAUAUUGCGCUCCUGGUAGUGUAUUAUGUAUGAGCAUGAACUGUAAAGUAUUUAUUUAAAAACAAAACAAAAAGACAAUUCUAAAAAAAAAAGACAAGAAAAGAAACAUUUUAUGUCCAUGUAGCUUUCGAGUUUGUGACAUUUCUUGACCUUGCUAGCUCCGUCAUUAGAUCCAUUUUAAGAACUAGUCAUGUGGUUAAGAACUUUACAUGAAAGGGAUUAACACAGAAAAAUAUAUAAAAGAACUGUAUUACCAUCCGUCAUAAAACAAAGUUUAUUUCCUUGAAUACAGUCUAGGGGCCCACGCAGAUGCGGAAAGCUUAUCUGCAAGAAACUGUUUUUGUACACAGUACAUCCUAGUAUUUUUACACGUAAAUGUAUAUGAUAGGGAUGCACAUUAUUUUCCUUCUUACAGACUGCUUAAAUAAAGCACUACGUCAAUCUGC